CACUUUUACUCCUUUUUUCCUCAUCUUUGAAUAGACGAGCUAGAUUUUUUUUGAGUGGUUUUGUAAUUAAUGGUAUUACUGCUGUAAAUGAUGUGAUAUUUCAAUUGGUCUAUAGAGAGUCUUUGUCCCACAUUGGUAGGAUUGAAAGCUUUCCUCAUCUUUAUAUAUGCAUUGAGUCUACUUGGGCUUAUGAGAGCUGUUAGAGAGUUGGGCCUUACGCGCACUAAUUCAAGGCAAAAUCAACAAUUCCCCCCCCCCCCCCCCCCCCGGGCACACGAGUGAGAUUGCACGUUGCAACCUUUUGUUCAAUUUUCUUUUUUUUGGCCUUACUCGAAACUGCUCUGAAUUGUCCUUCAACAGUUGAGAGAGACUAGGUCUUUUACUUCUCAUCCUUUAUCCAUCUGCUGACUACCUUUUACCUUAUCUUCUUAUCCUUUGGUCGAUUAUCUCACCCAACUUUCACAUUUCUUCACCUAUAAAAGCAGCCCCUUGUUGGACUUGUGAGACUAAGAAAUCGAUUGCUACCUUCCUUUCUGUUCAUUCUCCUUGUUGCUUCUCUCCUAUUAUUCCCAAAUCCCAUGAGUGCCCACGUAUUUGGAAGGGCUUGUUGUAUCUUGGGGGAUAGCCACUUGGGCUCUUGCACCGUUUGUGGGGUGAAAAUUAUCCUUAAGGACAGUGACGUUUGUUGUCACGUCUCGAGCUUCAUACACCAACUAUCCACCUUAGUCCAUUUAUUUUCUAAUAUUCUUAAGGAUAAAGAUGGAUGCCUCUUUCCACAUCAUUGUCGUCAACCAUGCAAUCACAGAUCUUGCCCAUGCCGCUAGCGCUAUUGCAGCCAACCAUGCUGCUAUCGCUGUUGUUGUCGCUGCUAUUGUAGCCCACCAUCCUGUUGCUAGUGUUGUUGCAACCAACAAUGCCGUUGUCGCCAACCAUGUCAUCCCUCGUGUUGUCAACCAUGUUGGCGGAUCAUCUGCUGCGCCUUCUGUGCUUGCUUCCAUCUCGCCAAUGCAAUAUGUGAAGCCAUUUCCCGAUGUGUCCAAGAUCGAACUAUUCGAUGGAAACAACUUCAAAAGAUGGCAAAAGAGGGUACAUUCAAUCCUUGAUGUUCAGAGUGUGGCAUAUGCACUUAGUGAAUCCAAGCCUAAUGAAGCUAGUGUCGAUGCCAAGCUAUUGGACCAUUGGACGUAUGUAAAUAAGGUAUGUAGGCACACGAUAAUCAGUACAUUAUCUAAUGAAUUAUUUGAUGUCUCCUAUCCCUUUAAGGAAGCAAAGAAAAAUUGGGAUUCCAUGAAUGCUAAGUGCACAGCUGGGGAUGUUGGCAAAGAAAAGUUCGUGAUUGGAAAAUUCUACCGAUGGGAAAUGGUGGAUGACAAGGAAAUCAAGGCUCAAAUCAACAAGUGCCACAAACUCUUAGAGGACUUGAAAGAUGAAAACAUCAUGUUGCAAGAAGAAUUUUUAGCUAGUCUACUCAUUGAAAAAUUGCCUGAAUCAUGGAAUGACUACAAGAACCAACUUAAGCACAAGCACAAACAACUAUCAGUUGAAGACCUAGUUGUACACAUCAUCAUUGAAGAAACAAACCGCAAAGAGCUACAAUUUGCAAGGGCAAAGGAGAUGGCGUACAAGGCUAACUUGGUACAAGGCUCCUCCUCGAGCUGAUGUUGUGAAAAGCUUGAAAAAUGGCAUUCUAGUGAACCUUCUGGGAAUGGGUGCUGCUGUGCUAGGCAUGCAAGCCACAGUGGGAUUGUUGGUUGCUAAAGCUCUAACUUCUUCAGCCAAUCCUUAU